AUGGGAGUGAAAGGAGCCACUUUGUUUCCUCCCGCCCUUGAAGGGACCCCUGGCUCCAGCACCUACCGACUACCCUCGCUGCCGCCCGCCACCCUUGGGUUCUCGAACUGCGCGGUUCAACUUGAAAACACGGGGGGUGUGUGUGUUAAUUAUUUUAUUUUUGCAGGGUGCUUUUCUUUCUCGGGGUCUCGAAUUGACAGCGAUGGAAAGCCAGCAAAAUUUCAGCCGCCUCCGAAGCCCGUCAUUAUUGACAAGCAGAAGCAGAGAGAGGAGAGGAGGUUCUUGAGCCCUGAAUUUAUACCUCCCAGAGGUAGAACAGAUCCUCUUAAAUUCUAUAUAGAAAGAAAGGAUAUGAUACAGAGAAGAAAAGUCUUCAACAUCCCAGAGUUCUAUGUCGGCAGUGUACUUGCCGUUACUACUGCAGAUCCAUACGCCAGUGAGAAAUCCAACCGGUUUGUAGGCAUCUGCAUUCAAAGAGGAGGAAAAGGACUUGGCGCUACCUUUGUCCUUCGGAAUGUUAUCGAAGACCAAGGUGUUGAAAUAUGUUAUGAACUAUACAGUCCUCGAAUCCAGGCGAUCGAGGUUCUGAAGCUAGAAAAGAGGCUGGAUGACAACCUGAUGUACCUGCGAGACGCCCUCCCUGAAUAUAGUACUUUCGAUAUGAAUAUGAAACCUGUGUCUCGCUUAGACAGCGAAGAAAUUCCUGUGAACAAGCUGCAGGUACGAAUGAAACCUAAACCAUGGUCAAAACGGUGGGAAAGGCCAAAAUACAAUAUAAAAGGAAUAAAGUUUGAGCUACCUGAAAAAAAAAUGAAAGAAGCACAGAAGUGGAGCCAGCCGUGGCUAGAGUUUGAUAUGCUGCGAGAAUAUGAUACUUCAAAAAUAGAGGAGAAAAUUUGGAAAGAAGUGAGUGAAGCGCUUCAAAAAUAAUAAUGGUUUUUGCAGUCUAGGAAUUCUGAGAAAAUUAAUAUUUACUUUGAAUUUACUGUAUGGAUUAUCACUUGUCAAGUUCUGUGUGUAUACACAGGCAAAAUACACAAUAAAGUUAACCUUUCCAGAAAAUUUCAAA